UGGCGUUGAUGGCGACGAUGACGAUGACGGUGACGGUGAUGGGGUUGGCCAUGAUGGGUGCGAUGGCUUGGACGCAUCAGACUCGGAUGCAGAAGGCGAUGAGGAUCAGAGUGCCGAGGACAGAAGAGCAGACUCGGACACAGACCUGGGCACGGGCGGCUCGCCGUCCAGCCCGAGUUGCCCCGAUGACGAGGACGACAAAGUGAUGGUGAUCGAGGCACUAGGGGACGACGCGCCCGAUGCGUUCACCCCGCUGCUGGAGCGGUUUGUCAAGGUUAUGAUGUGGAAGGAGGCAUGGGCUGGUGAUGCCGUGUUGGACACGCCGCCACUGGAGAGCUUCGCCCCGCUGGUGGCCAAAGAUCUGUUCCUCCCGCCUGAUCAAGUCAAGCGACUGUUGCUUUGGACGGGCCUCCCGCAGUCAGACGCCGAGCUCUUUGCCGCCCGCUUCGCCAAGCAGCCGCUCGCCAAGCUGGCCACUGCGCUCCGCCGCCGCCUCUCCACCGACUGGGAUCAGCUGUUGGGUGCGUUCAACACACACCUUGAGCGUUUUGAGGAGCGACAGCGGCUCAAGUUUAACCUUGCCCAGGCCAAGGCCAGGCCCGAGGCCGAGGCCGAGACCGAGGCCGAGACCGAGACCGAGACCGAGGCCGAGGCCGCCAGCGUCGCCACUGAGGCCGACACUGAGGCCGACACUGGGAGUCCGCGCAGGGUCCACUUUGCCAACACUGUCCAAGUGACCGAGUACCAGCCUGGCGAGCGGAUGCUUCCUCAAAGCCGGCGACGGCGGCGGCAGCGCGGCGGCUCGCCCGAGCCGUCGUCGGUCUCAUCACAGCGUGUUGUGCGAGGCGCGGCGGAAGCAGAAGCCACUUUGGAUGCCAACCCGCGUGCGAGCGGGCGGCUCGAGAGCCUACUUCGUCUACCGCCUGCCAAACGAGCCGAAGUACUGCUCUUUGGCUCGUCCGGUGCCCAGGCGCUGAAUGGGGUGCAGGCGCGGGCGCUGGCCAAGUCGCUCGGCGAUGCUGAUGCCGGCAUCGCCGCCCAGGACUUGCUUGGACUCGACGGCAAACAAGUUCGGGUGCUUCUCGCGACGUGUGCUGUGCAGGCCGGUGCUGACGCCGACGAUUGGGUCGAGCGGCUCGACGCUGCGCUGUGGAACGGGGCCUCGGACGCGCUGUUUGAGACGCUGGCGCCCGGCAGCGGACUCGGUACCUCAGCCGACGACCUUGUGGAGAGCUUUUCGCGAACCAGCCUCCACACUGGCUUUCUCACUUCCAGCUUUUACCCGCCUCGGAUCUCGAUCUCAGAAACGCCACCGUCGCUGCCGCGCAACGAGCCGCUGGCGUCGCGGUACGCCUCCCUGCAGCUCUCGCCGUCGCCGAGGCAAGAGUCGCCUCCUGCGGUGCCUAUGGCCCACCCUGUGGUGGCACCGCCGGAUCCAGCGCCGACUACAGUCAACGUCAACAUCAACCUCGGUCCGGCGGCAAGCUCGGGAAACUCGGCGGCGUCCUACCCUGUUGUCGAUGUUUCGUCGACGGCUGGGGCCGACCCGUCGCCUGGCCGUCCAGGCCUCAAAACGCGGCCGCGGAUGGUGCCGUCUGUGGAGCUUCCAGAGCUGCAUCGCGGUGCAGCCAGAAGCGGGGCAGGCAGUCCACUUCGGCCACGGACCGAGGCACUGCCGGCGUACAUGCCGCGGGUGCCUGCCGCGGUCGCGGCAGGGUACAUCCGGCGAGUGCCCGAGGUGCAUCAGGAUGCGACGGUGGACCGCGCGCUGGCCAUUGCGCUGCGGAUCUGCGGGCGGGGACAGCGGUAA